GUACAAAAAUGAGAGAGUUGAAAGCUACAAGACUUGGUGUUGAAGACCACAUAAACCAUAACAAAAGCAAUUCCCUUAAGGUUCCAAUGGAGGUCAGUGGUUGGUUGGAAGAAGUAGGAAAUAUUGAAGAACAAGUACUGGAAACCAUUCCUAGUGAUGUCGGCAGUUGCUUCAAUCUCAAGGAUAGGCAUAAGCUAGGAAGGAAAGCCUUUAAGAUCACUCAGGAUAUCGACCGUCUCAAAGAAGAAAAGUCUAGGAUUGAUUGGACUGAUCAUCCAAUUCCUCUUGCAAAAGUUGAUUCCAUGAAGCUUUCAACCUCUACACCAUCAAGUUAUCACAAUGACUUCAAAUCAAGAGAGCCGACGUUUAUGGAAGCACUUAAAGCCCUCCAACCAGACAACAAAACCCACAUGAUAGCUUUAUGUGGGAUGGGGGGAGUCGGGAAGACCAUAAUGGUGCAAAAGCUAAAGAAAGUUGUAAGUGAAAAAAAGUUGUUUGAUUUUAUUAUUGAGGUUGUUAUAGGGGAAAAGAUGGAGGUGCUUCUAAUUCAGCAAGCUAUAGCAGACUUCCUGAGUUUAGAUCUAAAAGAAACCACUACACCAGCUAGAGCUAUUAAGCUUCGUAAAAGUUUCGAGGCCCGCUCUGAUGGUGGUAAAAAGAAGUUUCUAAUACUACUAGAUGAUGUAUGGCAGUUCGUUGAUCUGAAUGAUAUCGGGUUAAGUCCAUUGCCAAAUCAAGGUAUCRAUUUUAAGGUAUUAUUGACAUCACGAGACCGAGGUGUUUGUACUACGAUGGGAGUUGAACUUGAUUCAAUUCUCAAUGUGAAAGUCAUAGAGAACUCAGAAGCAYAUAAUUUCUUUCUCCAAUUUGUAAAGGKUUCCGAUGAUGAUGAUCUCGAUAUUGAGCUCCGUGAGAUAGGAGAAGAUAUUGCAAAUAGAUGUCACGGUCUGCCCAUUGCCAUCAAAACCAUAGCCCGUACUCUUAAAGGUAAAAGCAAGCAUGUGUGGGAAGAUACAUGUUCUAGAAUAGAGAACAAAGAUGUUGAUGAAGCCGUGCAUCAAGUCUUUGAGAUAAGCUACAGAAAUCUCCAUGAUGAAGAGACUAGAUCAACUUUGUUGUUGUGUUGUUUGUUUCCCGAAGAUUUUGAUACCCCUGUGGAGGACUUAGUGAGGUACGGUUGGGGCUUGAAAAUAUUUAACAAAGUGGAUACUAUAAGAAAAGCAAGAAACAGGUUGAACACAUGCAUUGAGCGACUCAUACAUGCAAAUUUGUUGAUUCAAAGUGAGGAAGUUGGUUGUGUCAAGAUGCACGAUCUAGUGCGUGCUUUUGUUUUAGACAUGUGUUCUGAAGGCGAACAUGCUUCUGUUGUCGGUGAUAUGUCAAAGUGGCCUGCCAAACGAGUGAGCGAGUUUUGCAAAAGAAUUUCAAUAACAUGCACAGGAAUGUCUGAGUUUCCUAGAGAUCGUAAAUAUCCAAACCUUUUGUUAUUGAAUCUUAUGAAUGGAGAGAAGUCGUUUCCUGAAGACUUUUAUCAAGAAAUGGAGAAACUUGAAGUAAUAGCGUAUGAAAGAAUGACGUAUCCAUUGAUUCCCAUAUCACAAUACUCGAGAAAUCUUCGAAUGCUAUGUAUCCAUGAAUGCCCAUUUAUGUUUGAUUGCUCUCCUGUUGGUGAUCUUUUGAACUUGGAAUUGCUUAGUUUUACCGCUUGCAAAAUAGAAAAGUUACCAUCCACACUUGGAAAUUUGAAGGAGCUAAAGUUACUUAAUUUGACAGGUUGUAGUAAUCUUUGUAUUGACGAUGGUGUCUUGAAAAGUUUGGUCAAACUUGAAGAGCUUUAUAUGGAAGGGGUUAGACGACAUGCCGAUGGUGAUGAAUUAGUAGAGUGUUCAAAAAACCUUGAUGCAAUAGAAAUUGAGUUUUUUGGUGACAAUGCUUUGCCAAAGAAUAUGUCAUUUGGGAAACUUGAAAGAUUCAAGAUCUCUUUGGGAUGCUCUUUAAAAGACCAUCAUCACCAAAUCAAACACUCAUUCGAAAACACAUUGUGUUUGGUGACCAACAAAUGUGAACUUUUGGAUUUUAGGGUGAAUGAUUUGUUUGGAAAAACAAAGGUGCUUCACUUACAAGUGGAUGGUAUAAAUGAUCUUGGAGAUUGUUUAGGGGAAUCCUUGCAUCAUUUUCGAUGCCCAUUUUUCAGUUUAAGAGUCCUUCAAAUUUUUGAGUGUGAACAUUUGAGAUACCUCUUCACAGUCCAUGUGGCAAAUGGUCUGAAGCAGCUUGAGCACCUCAAAAUUAUCGAGUGCCCUGCUUUAGAAACACUUAUAGAUGAUGAGAAUUGUGAUGUUGAGGUCACUAAAUUUCCAUCUCUAAAGUUUCUAUAUUUGAGUAAUCUACCAACGCUAAUGAGUUUGUGCAAGCUGGGUGGCAGCAUAAUUGAGUUCCCACAACUGGAACGACUGGUACUUGAGAACCUUCCAAAUUUCACUAGCAUUUAUCAAGAUUUUCUAAAGAAAGAGGUUAUGAGUUCUAAGUUGAAGGAUUUGACAAUUAUGGAGAUGGAGAAGUUGACGGAGAUAUGGCCAAGUCAAUAUUUGAGUAGUAAUGAGGUUAGUCAAUUGAGAGAGAUUCAAGUGAAAGAAUGUGAUAGUCUUGUGAACUUGUUUCCAAGCAAUCCAAUGUCGUUGUUGUAUCAUCUAGAAAAACUUGAAGUUUUCAAUUGUGGUUCCAUUGAUGUGUUAUUCAACAUUGAUAUGGGAUCAUGUGUUGAUGAAAUUGAGCAAGGGAACAACAACUUGAGAUCUAUUACAGCAAUUGGAUUAAGGAAACUUAGAGAGGUUUGGAGGGUGAAAGGAGUAGUCAACUCUAGUCUCCCCAUUCUUGGCUUUCAAAGUGUAGAAUGCAUAGAGAUAAUAAGAUGCAAGAGGUUAAGACAUGUAUUCACACCUACUACCUCAAACUUUGACAUGAGGGCACUUAAGAAGAUUACUAUAGAUGACAUUGAUGGGUGGGGAGAAAAUAAAAGCAUCAAUGAAGAGAUUAAUGUUACAACCAAUCAAGAGAUAUCAGAAGUGGAUGAUGAUAUUCAUAAUGUUGCAUUCCCAUCUUAUCUCAUGCAUAAUUUGCAUCAACUUCAUACGCUUAAGUUAGAUUCUUUUGAAGGGGUGGAGGUAGUGUUUAAGAUAGAGAGUUCAAGUUGUAGAAAGUUGGCAACAACUCAGAAUAAUCAACAACCGGAACUACUCCCGCACCUCAAGAAUCUGAAAUUAAUCGGUCUGAAGAGGAUGAUCCAUGUAUGGAAGUACGAUUGGAACCAAUUCUUAGUUUCUCAACAAGAACCGAAAUCUUCUUCAUUCGUCAAUAUCACGAGCAUAACCCUUAGUUCAUGUGGCCGUGUAAAGUACUUAUUCUCUCCUCUCAUGGCCAAACUUCUAUCCAACUUAAUUAGCAUCAGAAUAAAGUCGUGUGAUGCUAUGGAAGAGGUUGUUUCUAACAUAGACGAUGAAUAUGAAGGAAUGGCUACAUCUAUAUCUUGCCACACAAAUACCACUUUCUUCCCGCAUUUAGACAAUCUCAACCUUGGUUAUUUACCAUGUCUAAAGCGUAUCAAUGGUGUUGGUAACAAGUGCGGGGGAAAGAAACUCAUGACUUGCAUUGUUAGUGCUUCUUCUGUUUAUGAUAAAUUCCAGUGUUAUCAAGUUGGUGGAGCAUAUUGGUCCUCUUGCCAAUACGCAAAAAAAAUUGAUAUACGGGAAUGUGAUGCCUUGUUAACUCUGAUUCCAUCCCAAGCGGUUGGACAUAUGCCAAAGCUUGAAGUGUUGAAGAUAACAUCGUGCGAAUCAAUGAGGGAGAUAUUUGAAACUGAAGGGGUCAACGAGGAUGUUGGUGACAAUGCUAAUAUUGGUGAAGGAAGUGGUGAUACGGGUGCAAUCCCAACACCGAUAAAUAUGACUUCACUUGAAUUGCCCAACCUAAAAACCUUGUAUAUUGUAGGAUGCCACAGUUUGAAAUAUAUAUUCCCAACUUCUGUACUUGAGAGCCUUAAGAAACUCCAAAAGUUGAAGAUAAGUUAUUGCUCUGCAAUACAAGUGAUUGUGAAGCAAGAAGUCAAUGGAGAGCACAUAAUAGGAUUGGAAGAUGUGGUCUUCCCUCGUCUUACGACCCUUAAACUAGUUGGUUUACCAAAUCUCAAGGGGUUCUUCUUGGGGAAGAAUGACUUCCAGUGGCCAUUAUUGGAUAAGGUUGAGAUCUACGGUUGUCCGCAAAUGAUGAUUUUCACAUCUGGUCGCUCGAUGGCUUCGAAACUAGAAUACAUACAUACAGGUGUAGGCAAACAUAGUCUUGAAUGUGGCCUCAACUUUGAUUGGACCAAUGCACCACAUGAGGGUCAACUCUAUAGGUCAAGUUCCUGCUUGACUGCUGCAGAUAUAGUAGAGUUACUUCAAUUCCCUUGGUCUUUUUCCAACUUAGUCGAAGUAGAUGUAGGUGUUUUUGACGUGGCUUCAAGUAAAGCAAUAUUUCCAAGCAAUGAGUUGUUUAACGUAGAAAAUGUUGGAGAUAUUGAAGAAGCGGAAAAGGUAUUUGAAGUAGUAGAAGGGACAAAUGAUGAAACACAAUCUGCAGAUGAUGUGAUACUAAUUUCCAAGAAAAAACAAGUUAUAUGGAAGAGUAAUUGGUGGAUACCAUCCAAACUUUCAAACCUCACAAGGGUAUCACUUGUAUAUUGUCAAAAGCUGGAACAUGUUUUCUCUCAUGGCAUGGCUGCUAGUUUAGUCCAACUGCAACACCUAAAUAUAGAUUCAUGCCUCAAUUUGAAGGUAAUUGUGGAGGCAGUGCGAGAUUCCACUAACGAGGUGGUUUCCUUCCCUUGUCUAAAAUUCUUACAACUUUCUCUUCUUUACGAAUUGGAGGGAUUUUGCUUGGGAAAUGAUCAGGCUUUUCAAUGGCCAUCAUUAGAUACUUUGAUAAUAAAUAGAUGUCCAAGAAUGACAGUUUUCACCAAGGGACAGUCUACUACUCCAAAGCUAGAGGUAAUAAGAACAAAUUUUGGAUGGUGUGAAGCAAAGGAUGACAUCAACUCCUUUAUAAGGAAAAGAACACAAGAGGGAUACGAAUUCUAGAGAAAUAUUGAUCGAGGUUGCAACUGCGCGCACUUUGGAUUUGCAAUCAUAUUGUUUUGUGGUAUAUACUUUUAAAACCAUUUAUCAGCAUCU